GGGCGGAAGUUGUCAUUCUAACCGCUUCCUACUUCCUGCGUCAAAACAUUCCGCUGUGUCUAUGCGGCUUUAACGGCGCUUUUCGGAUUUUCUGAGUGAUUAUGGCUGCGAACAGCAGCACCGGAUCGUCCACGGAGCCACCGGGACUAGAGACCCAGUGGCGGGAGAUCGACAAACUGAACCAGCAGCAGCUACGGGCCGGAGACAGCUGGUAUUUGUUGGAUAAAAGAUGGUAUGAUCAGUGGAAAGAGUAUGUACAUGCCGGGGACCAAAAUUCUUCCUCCUAUCCCGGGAAAAUUGAUAACACUGAGCUCUAUGAAGAUCUGGAUUCCUAUCAUCUGAAAGAGAGGCUGUCGGAAAAUGAGGACUUUGUCCUGGUCCCUGCAGAAGCCUGGCAUAAACUUUUGUCAUGGUAUGACAUGAUGGACGAUCAACCUCCUUUGGAGAGAAAGGUUGUUGAUCUUCCCAGCACUGUUAAAGUAGAGGUCUACCCUGUGGAGAUCUACCUCUGUCUUUCUAGCAACAUGGAGAGUACUGUAUCUGCAAGCUUCAGUCGAGCAGACAAGAUACACGCUAUACAUCAAAAGAUACGGCAGGAUUUUAACGUGUCAGAGACUGCUGAGAGCCGACUGUGGAUGAGGAGUACAGAUACAAGCUCAGAGAGGCUACGCAACCUUAACAUGACUGUCCUAGACACCUGCCUCAGCUCCGGCAUGACAGUGAUUAUGGAGAUCAGGAAUGCGGAUGGUACGUGGCCCACAUCUAGGCCUCAGAUCAUGCGGAACUCUGCUGACGAGGACUCGUAUCGAGGGCCUCCUGGAGUGUGUGGCCUCACAAACCUAGGCAACACCUGCUUCAUGAACUCGGCUUUACAGUGUCUGAGUAACACGCCACCACUGACUGAGUAUUUUCUGAGGAACUCGUAUCUGGAGGAGCUGAACUUCACCAACCCUCUGGGCAUGAAGGGAGAAAUUGCUGAAGCCUACGCAGAUGUUAUCAAACAGAUGUGGUCAGGCAGGCACUAUUCUGUGGUUCCUCGGGUAUUUAAGACCAAGGUUGGCCACUUUGCAUCACAGUUUCUGGGCUACCAGCAACACGACUCUCAGGAGCUGCUGUCUUUCCUGUUGGACGGUCUACAUGAAGACCUCAACAGGGUCAAAAAGAAGGAGUAUAUUGAACUCAGGGAUGCUGAUGGAAGACCUGACCAGGAAGUUGCUGAGGAAGCAUGGCGCAACCAUUUGCGGCGGAACGAUUCGGUCAUCGUCGACACAUUCCACGGGUUGUUUAAGUCGACGCUGGUGUGCCCCGAAUGCAACAAGGUCUCUGUGACCUUCGACCCCUUCUGCUACUUGAGCGUGCCCUUACCUGUUAGUAAGGAGAGGGUCAUGGAGGUGUUCUAUGUGUCGCUGGAUCCCAUGGCCAAACCCACCCAGUAUCGUCUGAUUGUACCUAAAGCUGGCCGAGUGAUUGACCUGUGCACUGCCCUCUCUCAGGCAACAGGAGUCCCUCCCAACCAGAUGGCUGUGGCUGAUGUUUUCAAUCACCGCUUCUAUAGGAUUUACCAGGCUGACGAAUCCUUAAGCUGUAUAUUGGACCGGGAUGAUAUAUUUGUGUAUCAGCUGAGCAGUGGUUGUGUGGAUAAGGAUGGUGAGGAGGUGGUUAUGGCCAUCUAUAUGCGUGAACGCUCCCAUUACAGAGAUUACGGCUCUGGAAGCAACAACUAUGGUACCUCCCUGUACGGUCACCCGCUGCUGAUGUCUGUGCCACGCACCCAGUGCACACGAGAAGAUCUCUACCAGCUCAUCCUCAAAAGACUGGCGCGAUAUGUCCGUCCCCUUGACCCUUCAGAAGAAGUAGAGGAGGAGGAAGAAGAAGAUGAGGAAGAUUUGUACAAGGCUCAAACCAAUGGAGUUAGUGAUGAUGAGGGUGAGGAAGACUCUGAGGAGGCAGGGCCAUCCAAGAAAGAGGAGGAGACUCAAGAAAGCGGCCAUGCCGAAGAGCAGAACAACUGCCAAUCAGAAGCCAGCCCGAGCAGCGACGGGGAGGAGAGAGCUGAGGAGGAGGAGUCGAGCAGCGAACCGGACCGGGGCAGCAGUACAGAGGAGGGCCAAUCAGCAUGCGGCAGCACUGACACCAACUCCCAAGAUGCCACCGACGGGGACCAAAGUACUGGUGUGGAGCCUUUGGCAAAGGAGGAAGAGGACGAAGAUGACGAGGAGGAAGAAGAAGAGGAGGCCGCAACUUGUGCUCAGGCAAACAAGAAGCUUCCGGGAAGACGGCGCUACACUGAGAAGCAGAAAAAAGCCCUCUUUACCAUUCAGGCGGUGAACUCUAAUGGCACCACGGAGCGAGGGAUGGGAGAGGCGGACGGUGGCUUCUCCUUCAGCUCUCAGCCAUACAUCGCCAUCGACUGGGACCCUGACAUGAAGAAGAAGUACUACAAUGAGAAUGAAGCCGAGAAAUAUAUAAAGCAUCAGAGCAUGGACGUCCCUCACCAGCAGAUCACAGUGCAGCUGCAGGAAUGUAUAGAUCUCUUUACCACAGUAGAGACACUGGAAGAGGAAAACCCCUGGUAUUGUCCAACGUGUAAAAAGCAUCAGCUUGCUACUAAGAAAUUGGAUCUGUGGUCUUUGCCUGAGGUUCUCAUCAUCCAUUUAAAGCGCUUCUCCUACACAAAAUACUCUCGAGAGAAACUGGAUACCAUCGUGGAGUUCCCCCUGCGGGAUCUGGACUUCUCGGGUUUCCUCCUAAAGAAGGCCGUGAACAGUACUGAACCUCCCUGUAGAUAUGACCUGAUCUCUGUGUCCAACCACUUCGGCGGACUCCGAGAUGGACACUAUACCAGUUACGCCCAGAACAAGGACAACGGUCAGUGGUAUUACUUUGACGACAGCAAGGUGACCUAUGCAAGGGAGGAGCAAAUAGUGACCAGCGCCGUCUACCUUCUGUUCUACCAGCGCCAAGACAAGAUCCGCCAGCCCACCGUCCCUCCACCCGUCCCCUCCUCCAGCCAGCCCGAGAACCACGUCUCAUCCCAGACCCAAGAUGGCAUGGAUGGAGCCUCUUCCUGUGUCAGCAUGGAGACGGACUGAUUUCUAUCCACUUCAUUCUUUCUCCCUCUCAACUUCAUAAUCAACAGAAACUUGAAGCUUCGCCUCUGCUCUGACUCCGACAGGAAGUGCAAGGCAGGGGCACCUCUCUCAGGCUGGUGCACGAGCAUCAUGGGGUGGGAAUGUAGAUUUAUGUGUUGUUUUUUUUAUCUGUAUGACAAACUCAAGGAAACGGGUUAGGCUGGUAUCGUUGGAUUCAGAGAUCAUGCACUGAUUUGUCUGCGGCGUGCUUCAGUGACGAUGAGAAUUCGGAGAAUGAGGUUUGCACCACAGUUCAUCGUCACCGACGUGUUCUUUAUUUUUUCCUAAGCUUGCUUUUCUGAGCUAGCUCAGCUGCUGUUUACUGUGGUGAUGUUUGAUCUGAACGUACAACCUUCAGCUGCACUGUUUGGCAUCAUGAAUCUGUUUAUCUUGUCAAAAGAUCUUGUCAAAAGGUGUGGGUGGAAAAAUAGGUGGAGGUAAAUGAGAUACAGCUUUCUGUCCACUCACUCGUGAACUAUUUAUUUUCGGAAUUAAUAGAUGCUAAUGUGGAGUGAGAGAUUAUAAUUCUAAAGGUCUUCCAUUUUUAUUUUCUUUCUUGUGAUGGGUUGUUUUUUCCGUCUCUCAUGAGAUUUGGAAAAGCCACUCUGUUGCGGGACACAAAUGGAGGCCUGUUUUCCAGUGAGAAUUAGCUUUUUUAUCUUCAUUAAAAAGGAAAUGCACAGCAAGAUAUAAAUAUUCUUUUUGACUAAUUGCGUGCAGUUUAUAACAAACUCGAUAAGAAUAUUUCAGCAAAGUGCUUUCUGGAUAGAGCUCUUUUCGGGAUGAUUUUUAAAGCACCUCUGUACAGUAUUUUUGUAUCGUCAUAAAUGUUGUAUUAUCUUUGAUCAUUUGGAUCAGAUGCUGGGAAUGUGGGAGCUUUCAUUUUAUUUUGUUAAUUAUAGAUUGAAUAUAUAAUUGUAUACACAUCUUUUGAUAUGAAUAAAUGCUGACUAUAAAGUUGAGGUUAGAUCGGACACAUUUGGCUUCCAUUUACAUGGUUUUUCCUCUGAAUAAAAGGAGGCGUAGCUCCUUUGGCAACGGGAAAUCUACUCCCCUCGGUUUAUUCUGACUGCAUAUUAACAUUUCUCAGCUGCUCAGUGUUGUAAUUAAUUUGGCCCGCUGCGUAAAGAUCUUCUAGAAAAUGCUUUUUCAAUUGCACUUCCCAUUAAGUGAAGUGCUUUAUUGCAAUCCUUGGAUUUUAAUGGACAGAGUUUAUCGCACUCGCACUCUAAUGACAUUUAUAUAAAUGUCACUGUAUACCUUCAGUAUGUUCUAAUAUAACACAGGUGAAUCUCACAAAACCUGCCCAGAACAAAAGACAUCAAAAACAAAGGAAACAAUAUGGAAUUAUUUAUUUUCUAUUACAUUAGAAAAAGAAGCAUUUUGACAUUUUCAUCACAAUUUAGCAUUCCAAAAUUCUGCUAGUAUGAAAAUGAUAGAAUUUGUCAAUUAAAAAUGACCCGUUGUGUUCUUGACUGCAUUUGUGAGAUUUACGAACCUGUGACGCUGAAAUUUCUCGUAAUCCGCUUUACAAAUAGACCGUUUGUUUCUAAAACAGCUCCUCAAAUGCUUGAACUCAUCUAUUUCUCAUCUGCAGUCUUCCAUUUUGUACAAGGUUUAAUGAAUGCAAUGAUCCAUUUAAAAAGAGCUUCAGUUUUUACUAUUUUACAGGAAUUAAAUGGCUUCAUUCUAGUAUUUAUUUCUGAGAUCUUUUACUAGUGCUGGAAUCAACAGCUUCAGAAAGCCACAGACAGUACAGCCUAAUUUCUUAAAUGCAGCAUGUUUAUCAGAGCUACUGUGUGGCCUGCAAUCAUGCUUGUAUUAUUUCAGUGAAAUCCAUCAGAUGGUCAACUGUAAAUAACUGAAAUAUUACAGCAACUCAAUUGGUUUGAGAAAUAGUCUAUUUCUGUCAAUGCUACGCAAAUUUCUAAAGCCCAUUUCACAGUAUAACACACCAAAUUUCUAAUAUUUGUGAUUUUUUUCAUUGUGGGGGCAUCUUUUGUAUAGAAAUUACACAUUAUAAGUUAUCAAAUAAAAGCUUUGGAGUUUUGAA